AUGGCGGCCGAGCUUCUGCUGCGAAUGCCGCAUGCGCGGAUCCAGCCGACAGUUGUGACCUACAAUGCGAUGAUCAGCACCUGCGCGCUUGCUGCGUGCUGGGAGCAGGCUGUGGGCUGGUUCGCGAAGCUCCAAACUGCUGCCCUUGAGCCCACUGUGGUCACCUACAACAGCCUUAGCAACGCAUGCGGUGCUGGCAAGAUGUGGGUCAAGGCGCUGUCCCUCUGGCGUCAGAUGCGGAGUGAGGGAAUACAGCCGACGGCGGUGACCAUUAGCAGCCUUGGUCAGCAUUUGCGAACCAAAGGAGCCCUGCGGCUGCUAUCACUUUGCAGAGAUGUGGAGGUGCAGCCCGAUCUGGUGCUUUGCAACACCCUUCUUGGCGCCUGUGAGCGGAUGCUGCGGUGGCAACAAGCGCUACUGGUACUGCAGGAGAUGCCUUCAAGGAGUUCAAUUUGGCCAGAUGAGGUGUCCUAUAACACGACCAUCAACGCCCUGGAGCUGAGCAACUCCUGGCCUCUGGCUGUGAGUCUUUUGCAGCAGCUGCGGCUGCAGCUUCUCCAGCCCAGCAUCGUCACCUACAACACGACCAUGGGCACCUGUGAGAAGAGUGGCUCUUGGGAGCGGACCCUUAGCCUCUGGCAAGAACUGCAUCAAGACGGCCUGAUCCCAAGCCAGGUCACUGGAGACAUCAUCGUGACCGCCUGCGGCUCUUCCGGGAAGUGGAUGGCAGCCUUAGGUUUGGCAGCCUCGAGGCCGCUGGGCCUCGCGGGCCUCGCAGCGGCAUGGCGCUGCUGUGAGAGCGCACAUGUGCCGCCGCGGCUCCAGGCAGCUCUGCGACGCAAGGUGACCGCCAGCCUCGGCCAUGGGUCGGUUUGGCGCAACAGCACCAUCGCAGAGUUGCUGCAGGCAACGGUCCUGGGCCGGCGCUUUCUUUGGAAGGUCUGCCGGGACCCCGCGCGAGUCGAAGACACCGUGGUGCCUGGCGCCGCCGCGCGCGGCGCGGUGCCGGCGCCAGCGUUGCCGGAGCUGCCCGGGGAUUCGAAGAAGGUGAAUGAGGCAUUGCCAGGUCUCUUGCCUCUGGAACCUACAGUGGGGGUCCUACCGGUGGUCUUCGAACUGGUCCUCCAGGGGCCGUCCUGGUCUGCAACCCUCGGACCCGCCAUCGCGUGGGCAUCGGUGUCUGACAAGGCCAGACGCACUUGA